AUGACGAAAGUUUAGUGUUUGUUUCUUACAAAUUGUUUUAUAUUUUAUUGCUAUACAUUUUGGGCCAUUUUAGCGUGUAACCAAUUCGUAGCUAAAAACCGCGUAAAAAUUUAUACCGAAUAAUGUAAAAAACUACAAAUAGUUGGUCAAGUGAUUGCUAUUACCAAAACAAAACAACCGACCAAAAAUAGAUUUUAUAUAUUUUCAAAACCUGUUGUGGGCGCCAACAAAUUAAAGCUUUUUGCUGCCAACAGCAGAUGGAGUCUUAACGUUGCAGCGAUGCCACAGAAAACUGAAGAGCUAAGUUAACUGGCCUUGUUUGUUUAAAAUCAACCUGGGGAAAAUUUUCCAAUAAUUGCAGCAGCAGUCAAACAUUGAAUAGUGAAGAUGUCUCAUAGUGCUGUAACAGCCAAUGACGAAACGGACUAUUCCGAUAAGGAUGAAUUGGAUCCGGCAAAGAAGUAUUUGAAUCAUUUGCUCAAUAAUGGUAGCCAAGAGGGCGAUAGCGGGACCGAAUUGGAAUUACCGUCAUGGUACAAUGAACAGUUAUUUAAAAGGGGUCAAAAUUACUUUAACAAAUAUCGCUUUGUGAUGUAUACUGGCAUGUUGUAUGGAUUAAUUUCUGUGCUUGCUGUGCCUUCGAUCCUGCGAGUCCUCAGCUGCUCUCACCAAUCAUCAACUCCUUUGGAUGCCUAUCGUCGCUAUGUUCGAACGAUUUUCCAUGCCAUUUCCUGGUACACCUAUCCGGUCGAAGAUAAGUCGAGCAAAUUCUGGAAAAGCAUAAAGGCUGUGAGGCAGGCCCAUUCAACAUCAAGUCGUGCAUGCAGCCGACUUGGUGCAGGCCAAAUUAACCAAAAGGAUUUGGCAUUGACCCAGUUUGGAUUCAUUGGCUUUAUUACCUUGGGAGCCCAUCGUAUUCAGCUAUAUGAUGAGGAUUUUUUGGAAGCCACCGCUCACAUGUGGCGGGUACUCGGCUAUUUGCUGGGCAUCAAGGAUGAGUACAAUAUUUGUGGACGGAACUGGGCCGAGACGCGUCAGCGUCUGGAUAUAGUACAACGACGGGUAUAUGCUCCGGCAUUGGAGAAAACCAGCGAAGAGUUUGAUCGCAUGGCCGAGGCUCUAAUCAAUGGAUUGUGGCAUAUAAAUACUAUACUUUCCGUCGACGCUCAGCUCUUUUUUGCCAAACGUCUGGCCUAUGUACCGGGCUAUGAGUACUUUAGCUUUGACUAUCGUCCAGGUGAGAAAAGGAAUCCACAGCAGCGAUUGUAUUACUAUGAUCUGAGUUGGUGGGAUCGUUUCGUUGUAAGCUACGGAUUAUUUAUCGUAACCUAUCUGCACAAAUAUAAAGUAGUUCGUAUGUACUUAAACUUUCGCGUGUGGAUAAUGGAUCUGCUGACCUAUUACUUGCCAUACAUAGCCAUUUGGAAAUUUGGCGUUAAGGCAGCUUAUGUACGUAUCUUUCGGAGUGAUGGUCAGGCACUCGGCUUUAAAUUCCAUUUUAAAAAUGAGUAAAUCUCAUUGUUAAUUAUUAUUACAAACAUAUCGCUCUAUUUUUAUUUUUAAUUCUCCACAAGUCAUUUUUAAUUUUAAUUGUUAUUACUUACGUUGACAUUUAACAUAUUAAAUGUUUUUUUGAAUAUUAUUACACAUUAUUCUGGCUUUAUAGAAACUUAUCAAGUCAGACUUUUGUUCAAAUUUUAGCGAGAGCUAUAUAUUAUACAAUAAUUUAGGAACAACUAUCUUGUCAAAAGUAAUUUAUAAGAAAAAUUGUUAAACAUUUUAUGUAAAUUAUUUAAUAACAUUUGAUUAUUUUAUUUUAUUAA